UUUUUUACAUAUUUUACUUGAGCUGGUGAAGCCAAGUAAAAACGUUUCUGCCUGAACUGUGGUUAUAUAAAGGCAGGAAUUUGAUGUUCAUCUGCUGCUCAACCACUUUUUCCACGAAGAUACUGUAGCUGUUAAAGAAAUCAUGUCGACAACUGCUUUCGAGUUCAAUGGCGCAAAGUUCGUCACCAACAACUACUCAGCCAUACUUGAUAACGAUGAAGCUCCCAAAGAGUUUCAUCUUAUUCAGGACUUCCUGGCUCACAGUGAGCUAAUGUAUGCUCUAACUCAGCCGGAGUCCAUCUCUCCUUCUCAAGUUCUCACUCUAUGGAGAUCAGCAAAUUACGAUGAUGGAGGUGAAAAUGGUUGUCCAUCUCUCACCUGCAAUUAUGAAGGUCAAGAAUAUGCUAUCUCACCAGCAACUAUCAGGAAGGCUCUUCAUCUUCCUGAAGAGCAGAAGUUUGAUUCCUCAGUCCCUACUCAAACUCUGAGGGACAUGAUGAUUUUUCUUGGGUACACAGCAAGUACUGACAAGAUGGGAGAACUUAAGCGUCCACAUCUCUGCAAGGAGUGGAGCUUCUUUUAUGAUUGCAUCACCAGAGCUUUCGGCAACAAAUGUAGCAACUUUGAUGCCAUCCCCAUCUUCAGUCAACAGAUUGGGUACUCUCUGAUUCAUAAUCUCAAAUUUGAUAUUGCUACAUCUAUCUUGAGAUUCAUUGGUGAUAGGAGAAAAGAGAAUAUGAAUAUAGUCUAUUAUGCUAGAUUCUGUCAGCUUAUAUUCUCUUAUUGUUUUCCUGAUGUGCCCAUUCCUGAAACUGGUAAUGAAUCACCCUUUAAGAUCACCAAACGUGCUUUUACUGAUCUUAUUAAGAAGGAUAGCAAGAAACCGCAUGUGCCUGUAUUUGCCAUUCCUGUGACUGUACAGGAUAAAUUAAGAGUCGCUUUACCUGAUAAGUAUUCAGCUCUAUUCUCUGAUGAGAAUAUACCACAGCCUUCACCUUCUACUGUUGAUCCAGAACCAGUCCCAACCUCUGGUCCUUCCCAAAAGGGGCCAGUUGUAAAAUCUACUCACACACUACCCUCUGGUUCUUCACAACAAGGACCAGUUGAAAAAUCUUCACCCAAGAGGAUACUCAGGUCCACUAAAUCCCCAACCAAACCCUCCCCACCUCCCAGAAAAAGAAGAUUUCUGCAGAAAAUAUCAGACUCUGACUCUGAUGAAGCACCUCCACCUCCUCCACCAGCAAAGAGGCUGCGAAAGAAAAUACAGCCAACCUCUAUUACUGAUCUGACUGUGGAACCACCACAGUCAGAGGAUCCUGAACAACCCUUGCUUACAUUCUCUGAUCACUCUGCAGAGCCACUUUUGAUUGAACCCAUUUCUGCAAUGCCACUUGAUAUUGCAGCAGCUGACCAACAAAUGUCAGAGUCAACCUCUGAUCACAAUGAUCAAACUGAAGAGACAAAGUCUGUUGAAGUGAAAAUUGCAGCUGAUACUGAAAUAUCAGAAAAACCAUCUGAUGCACCUGGUCAAUCAGAGGAUGCACAAAUAGAAAUGGUCCUUCAGCUAAUUCAAGAUUCUUUAGUUCAACCUGAUGAUAUUGUUGCAGCUCCUGCUCAGGAGAUUCAAAUGGCAGAAAACUCUGAGGCAGCUACUGAAGCUCUAGAGUCACAUACUCUGAGUGUUUUUCUUGCAGACAUUGAUGAUGAUGAAGGCACAGAAGUCACAUCAACCCCUAUAAUCUCUGAGCCAGUCAGAGAAACUACACCUGAAAGGGUUGAUUCCCCAGUUAAAACACUGUCACCAGUUAGGGAAUCCACUCCCUUUAUAGCUCCUACAGUUCCAAGCUCUCCCAUUCCAUUUUCUGAACCUGCUAGAAGGAAACUUUGCCACUUGUCCUAUACUCACAGGAUGUGCAGAACCACAUCACCUUCUGUAGAAGAUAGACUUACCUCUAUUGAAGCUACUCAGGCUUCAAUGAAUUAUACUCUGGCAGAUUUGAGUGCUUCUGUGGCACAGCUGGUACAGGUUCUCACCUCUGCUGAUGUCAAAAAGGGGGAGAAAACAUACAAAGACAAAUGCAAACCUGAUCAGAAAUUAAAAAGGAAAAAGCCAGAUGAUGAUGAGGAAGAAAAAGGGGAAAUGAACAAACAGCAAAAGCUGAAGCUGCUGCAGAGUAAAGAAACAAAGAAGAACAGUAGAGAAGCAGCAAGCUCUGAGAGACCACCCAGAGAAGCUCAAAAACACAAAUCUAUGGAAUUGACUGUUGCUCAGAGUAUAACCAAAGCAGUCAGAGAUUCAGAUGCUAUAUCUAAAGAGAUAGAUCUUGUGAACUCUGAAGUGGAGAAGAAGAAAGAAAAACUGGGUGCUGAAGCUGAAAAGCUGAUUGAAGCUGGAGACCCUGAGUCUCAGAAAUUUUGUCAAACUCUGAUACUCCCAAACAGGUUAAUAUUGGUUUAAUGACUCAGAAACAGCUUAAGCAUAAAAUCAAGGAGGUUAAGAAGGAAAACAGGAUUAAGGAACCUAGGAAAAAUAGGAAUGGAAAAGUUGGAAUAAAUAAAAGCAACAAUUAUAUGCCUGUUCCAAAUGCU